AUGUCUUCCCUCCGCAACGCCGUCUCCCGGCGCCCACACAAAGAACGAUCUCAACCCACCUCUCGCGAAAAAUGGGGCUUGCUCGAAAAACACAAGGACUACUCCCUCCGAGCGCAGGACUAUAAUCUCAAGAAGAAAAAACUUUCCCAACUGUCGCAAAAGGCCAAGGAGAGAAACCCAGAUGAGUUUGCCUUUGGCAUGAUCAGUCAAGGGAGGGCGGGGCUGGGAAAACACAAAUCCAAGCAAUCUGGCGACGACGAUAAUGAUAGUGCUGGGAGCAAGAAACCAAGAGAAGGUGUCCCAUUGAGUCACGACGCGGUCAAGUUGCUGAAGACACAGGAUAUUGGGUACUUGAGGACCGUGGCGGCCAAGGGCAGGAGGGAGAUUGAGAGAUUGACCCAAGAGGUGGGCAUGGAUAGUGUUACGCUCGGAAAGUCGAGGACAGGGACGAAGGAGACGUUCGAGGACGAUCAAGGUGAAAAGGCAGCCAGAGGGAAGAAGCGGGCAUUGAAUGGGGAAGUGCUACAAGAUCAAUCUCAAGAAGAGGCCGAAACAGAUCAACCUAUGCAACGAACUAAGAUGACGACGACGACCACACUGAUCCAAGUCAUUGAAGACAAAGACGAUCCACCGAAGCCAAAAUCCAAGAAAGCUAUCCGAGCGGAACAAGACGCUCUGAGUCGUCUGCGUGUCGAGCGGAAAAGGAGGAAACGCCUUCAGGAUAUGCGCGUGGCAAAGCUCGAGGCCCUGAAAACUCGACAGCGAGAAGUCCUUGCCGCGGCCGACCAGUUGGAGUUGCAGCGGGCGAAGAUGGCGAGGACGGUCGGUGGGGUGAAUAAGAAUGGAAUCAGGUUUAAGAUUAGAGAGAGAAAGAAAUAA